GAGGAAUCAUGGCCGACCUCGAGGCUGUUCUCGCUGAUGUCAGCUAUCUCAUGGCUAUGGAGAAGAGCAAGUGCACACCUGCUGCUAGGGCUAGCAAGAAAAUUAUUUUGCCUGAUCCUAGCGUGAGGAGCGUCAUGCACAAGUAUCUCGAGAAGAAGAACGAAGUUAACUUUGAUAAAAUAUUUAAUCAAGUGCUAGGGUAUCUACUGUUCAAAGACUUUUGUGAGACUGUAGCGGAGGAACCCAUUCCGCAACUUAGGUUUUACGAAGAGAUAAAAUCGUACGAGAAACUCGAGUGCCCCGACGAGAGGCGAAAAUUGGCACGCGAGAUAUACGACAACUACAUAAUGAAGGAACUGCUGGCGCAUUCGCACGAAUAUUCAAGUGAAGCUGUAGCUCACGUACACAAAUACCUCAUGAAGAACGAGGUGCCAGUGAAUUUAUUCGAACCCUACAUCGAAGAGAUUUUCAAUCACCUCAGGGGCGAAACCUUCAGAAAAUUUCUCGAGAGUGACAAAUACACCCGCUUCUGCCAAUGGAAGAACCUGGAGUUGAAUAUUCAGUUAACAAUGAACGACUUCAGCGUUCACCGAAUAAUCGGUCGGGGUGGUUUCGGGGAGGUGUACGGCUGUCGAAAAGCGGAUACUGGAAAAAUGUACGCGAUGAAAUGCCUAGACAAAAAGCGAAUAAAGAUGAAGCAAGGUGAGACCCUGGCCUUAAACGAGAGAAUAAUGCUCUCCCUAGUCAGCACCGGGGUGGACUGUCCGUUCAUCGUGUGCAUGACGUACGCCUUCCACACACCCGACAAAUUGUGCUUCAUCCUUGAUCUGAUGAACGGUGGAGAUCUCCACUAUCAUUUGAGCCAGCAUGGUGUAUUCAAUGAGCCAGAGAUGAAAUUUUACGCAGCUGAAGUGAUUCUUGGUCUUGAUCACAUGCACAGGCGUUACAUCGUCUACAGAGAUCUCAAGCCAGCGAAUAUAUUGCUGGAUGAGCAUGGACACGUCAGGAUAUCAGAUCUGGGGCUUGCCUGUGACUUCUCCAAGAAGAAGCCACACGCCAGUGUUGGUACCCACGGUUACAUGGCACCUGAGGUGCUCUCCAAGGGUACAGCGUACGAUUCCAGUGCUGAUUGGUUUUCAUUUGGAUGUAUGCUUUAUAAAUUAUUGAAGGGGCACAGCCCAUUCAGGCAGCACAAGACCAAGGACAAGCACGAAAUCGACAGGAUGACGUUAACGAUGAAUGUCGAACUCCCUGAGUCGUUCUCCAGGGAACUUAGAUCUCUUCUGGAGGGCCUUCUCCAGCGUGACAUCACCACCAGAUUGGGCUGCCGGGGUAGAGGUGCUGAUGAACUGAAGGAGCAUCCGUUCUUCGGUGGCAUCGACUGGCAACAGGUGUAUCUACAGAAAUAUACACCACCAUUUGUACCACCCAGGGGUGAGGUAAAUGCUGCUGAUGCUUUUGAUAUUGGAUCAUUCGAUGAAGAGGACACCAAGGGAAUCAAGCUCACUGAUGCUGAUCAGGAUCUCUACAAGAAUUUUCCACUUGUCAUUUCUGAGAGGUGGCAGUCGGAGGUAUCGGAGACUGUCUUUGAGACGAUUAAUAAUGAAGCGGAUAAGGUGGAGAACAAGAGGAAGGCGAAGCAGAAGCUCAGGUUUGAUGCUGAUGAGAAGGGAUCUGAUUGUAUUCUUCAUGGGUACAUUAAAAAACUUGGGGGACCUUUUGCCAGUGCUUGGCAGACGAGGUACGCUAAAUUGUAUCCUAACAGACUCGAGCUGCAUCCGGAAUCCACUACUAAACCGGAACUCGUUUUUUUGGAUCAGGUGGAAGAGGUCUCCCCUGAUUUGCAGAAUGUCAAGGGGGAGCAGUGCAUCGUGGUGAGGACGAGGGAGGCAAAAAUAGUACUUACUAAUCCGGAUGAAAUAAGUCUGAAGGAAUGGGCUCUCUCAUUGCGAUCGGCGUACAAAAAUUCGAUGGAGAUGCUGGGAAAUAUGGCGAGAAAAGCUGGAAAAAUCUACGGUACCGAGCGCGACGCUGUGAUACCACCGAUUCAACGAUCUGCUAAUGGUAAUUAGCGUAAUUAAUCUCAGCGAUAAAUGAGGAGAGAGUAUUUAAAUGAUAAAAUCACACGUUCGUACUCCAGUCCCACUGCCCCGCAGCAGCGACACCAGCAGAAUAAUUUUUUUAUACCAAAAGGAAUAAUUCAAGAAAAAUUACACGAACAAAUUACUGAACAACUCAUAAUUAUUCAUUCUAAACCCGUAAUUACAGGUUGGACACACCCACAUGCGAUGGAAAAUAAUAAUUCAUAUAUUUCCUUAUGAUCGUAUGGCGAAUAGCGUCAAUGCUGCGUAGAGUACGUAGAAAAAAUAAUUAGUUGUGAAUUGACGAAAUGACCAGUCGAUUUUUCUUCGGAAUAUCUGCAAAAAACAUUUUCAAUUAUCGAUUGUCUUUCGAGCGCUCUCUAGAUUUUAUCGAUUAUCUAUUAUUUAAUGUUUAAUUUAUAAAAUUUUUAUCUCAAUGGGAGAAUGAAAAAAUAAUGGACAGCAUUCGAAAGAUCGAACGACUGAAUAAAUCGAUGAAAUUCCCAGUUAAUUUGGAAUUUAAAAAAUUUAUGGGAUUUAUAAACAAAAGAGGUGAAUAUCGAGAUUGAAAAAUAUCUGGGUAAUUAAAUAAAAUUUUCAUUGAUUGGAUGUUGAGGGAGUCUUUUGGGAAAUUCGCAACUGAAAUAAGUGCUUCGUAAAAACUAGGAGGUGAAAAUCCUCUCCGGAUGCAUAGCGUCGAGCCCAUGAUUUAAAAUGCAAUAUAUUUGUACGUUUAAUGAAUUAUAUCGUGCAGUGGUGGAACGUAGAAUUUAGAGAAAUGAAAAUAAUGAUGGAUAACUGAGUGGCUCGCGUUAACUCAAGGACUGAAAUAUUUAAGACAAAAACAUAAUAAAGUCCGAAAGAACACAACAAUUAGUGAAAUGCGUGUGAACAGACAUUAAAAACUCAAAUAAAACAUAUGUAGAUUAUUAUUAACAAUAAGUAUGUGUAUUCUGAUGAAUUAUUAUGCAUUCAUGAAGUGUUAGAUGGAUACGGUGCGAGUGAAAAUAAUUAGUGAGAGAUUAAUUGUGCGAAUGAGUGAAUGAUUAUUAUCACAGGACCACCCUCUCCCACACUUGAUUGAUCUAAUCAUUAAUUAACACUGACACUGUAGUUGGGGGAGAUAAGGAGUUGAUUUUCACCUGUUUAUCUUAAUAAUGAGAUUAUGUAAGUAAUUAUUUUUUUAUGAAAUAUUUUAUUGUACAUGACAGUGGGCCAUGUUUUAUCGACUACCUGACGACGAAUUUAAUACGAUUUUUUAAUGGAUAAAAUUAUUGUUUCGUUAGUAUAGUUUAUUCGUCUGGGAAGAGGCAAAAUUAUUGUUAUUAUUUUAUCUCAUGAGCGUUGAAUUCUGUCAAUAACUAGAUUUAAGGGCAAGUGACAAAUUUUAAAUGCGAAUUUAUUCAAUUUAAUAUUUUGUAAUCGUUGAUAAUUAUUUUAAUUGAAUUCACGGGGUGAAUAAUUUUGCGCUCUUCCAAUUUUUUAUGAAAACAAAUGUUCAACCACUUCUUCCGAAUAAAUCACUAACGAAAUAAACAAAAAAAAA